UGGUCGGCUGAGAGUGCUAUAGUAUACAGCACACACAUCUUCCGUGCUAUAGGCGGAUAUAAGCCUCUCGGGUGAUGAUACACACUCUGCAGGGAGAGGAUUUUUUCGAUGAGGAAAACAUUCUCUGUCAAAUCGUCACAUGGGGUCAAUCGCUUCCUGCAUCGCGACUGAACUACCCUACGCUUUUGUGCGUUUUGUUUUUGCCGCUCGGCUCGUGUAGGGUUGUACCGUCAAGAUUACCGUUCCUGGCGCGCCGCUGAUGUCACAUAUUUCACUGCGAUGAUAAGCAAAGUUAAAAAUGCCAUGUCCUCGCUGGUGGGUGGAAUUAUCCCGCACGGCCACCACCAUCAUCAGCAGCAGCACGGAGCAGCGCAAAACGGCGGCACGGACGGGCUGCCGCCGCGCUUCCCCUACAGCCGACCCGAGUUUCUGGACCUGACACCGGAGCUGCUGCAGUACUCCACCGAACACGCGUCCAGACCGGUCAUCACGCUCAAGAGAGACAGCAGGCUGCCCUGGCGAACGGGAUACGCAGAGGUGAUAAAUGCUGGGAAGAGCAUGCUGAACGAAGACCAGGCUUCCUGUGAGCUGCUGUAUAUCAGGAAGUUGAGUAGUAAGCAGCAGCGCUCCUCCAUGUUACUGGAGGACAGUGGGGACACCACAGGCAUUCCCAUGCACUUCUGGGGAGUAUUUGAUGGACACGCCGGCUCUGGUGCUGCUCUCAUGGCAUCCAAACUCCUCCAGCGUAUCAUCCGCGAACGGCUUUGUGAUGUCGCCCAUCUUCUCGAAAAUCAAAACAGCCCUCCGCCUAUCUGCCUGGCAAAGAACGGGAGUCCCUUCCAGGCUGAGGCGAAGAAAGGGGCCUGCCUAGAUGGAGAGGAGCAGGACGGGCUUCUGGAUGAGCCGCGGUUCCACAUGGAGAAAGACAUCAGCGUGGAGAGCCUGGUGAUGGGGAUCAUAGAGACCGCCUUCAGACAGAUGGACGACCAGAUAGAGAAGGAGAAAGAAUCAUACAGCAUUUCUGGUGGCUGUUGUGCCUUGAUUGCAAUUCACUUGUUGGGGAAACUCUAUGUAGCAAACGCUGGAGACAGCAGAGCCAUAAUUGUCAGAAACAAUGAGGCCAUUCCGAUGUCCAGUGAAUUCACACCGGAAAGUGAAAGACAGCGGCUACAGUACCUGGGCUUCCUCAAACCGGAGCUGCUUGGGAAUGAGUUUACACAUAUUGAAUUCCCCAGACGUAUCCAACACAAUGAACUCGGCAAGAAGAUGCUUUUUAGAGACCACACAAUGACUGGCUGGGCAUAUAAGACAAUUGUAGAAGACGAUCUCAAGUUCCCGCUGAUUUAUGGGGAGGGGAAAAAGGCUCGAGUCAUGGCUACGAUUGGAGUAACACGCGGUUUAGGGGAUCACGACUUGAAAGUGUACAACUCCAACAUUCAUAUCAAGCCUUUCCUAUCCUGCUGCCCAGAAGUCAAGGUGUACAACAUCUCUGAGCACAAACAUGGGUCUGAUGAUGUCCUGGUCAUGGGUAGUGAUGGACUAUGGGAUGUUACGACCGACAGAGAUGUUGCAGACGCAGUAUCGACUUUCCUGUCUGGUCGUGAGCCCAAUGAUCCCAUGAGGUACACUUUAGCAGCACAAGACCUCCUGAUGCGCUCACGUGGAGUCCUGAAGGAGCGAGGCUGGCGGCUGCCCAAUGAGAGACUUGGCUCCGGUGAUGACAUCACUGUGUUUGUCAUUCCAUUGGCCGGUGCAGAGUUAGAAACAUGACCGGGUUGGUCCACCUUUACUGGACAAGCACACCAGGACACGUCCCUGGCUCCAUCCCAGAGAAAGGGCUAGGAAAACCAAGAAAA